UUUGAUUGUNCCCCUGGUAGUGCUACUGAGAAUAAAGAGGAUUUUGUUAAACAGCUCUCUAGCGCAAAGGAAACCGGGUUCAGGCCUCUCGGAGACUUGGUGCAUAGUUUUUCUUCUGACGAUAAAACCUACGAGGUGUACAGUUGUACAGAGUCUACCCCAGGCUUCAGGAGUUAUCAUGAUAGACUUCAGGUUUGGAUCAUGUUCUACAUUGAUGCAGCCAGCUAUAUUGAUAUUGAUGACGAUAACUGGAAAUUCUUUCUUCUUUACCAAAAGCGUGAAUCAAGCGGGGAAGGAUGUAACUACUCAAUAUGUGGUUAUAUAACUGUAUACGAGUACUACGCGUAUGGUAGGCAGACCAACAAGAAGAGACCGAGGAUUAGUCAGAUGCUCAUUCUUCCUCAAUAUCAGAGACAAGGACUUGGAGCUGCUCUUCUUAAUACUCUGUAUAGGAACUACUUGAACGACAGCAGUGUUGUGGAUAUUACAGUGGAAGAUCCAUCAGAUAACUUCAUCAGGCAAGACAUCCUGUGGUUGUACCGAGAGAACGUAAUGAACGGAUUUACUGAUUCCUUGGCUGAGUCAGCUGCUAAAGAGCUCAAGCUCUGCAGAAAACAGGCCAGACGGAUAUAUGAGAUAGUUCGUCUGCACUAUACUCCGCUCUCCGAUACACCUGCUUAUAAAAGUUACAGGGUUGAUGUGAAAAGACGCUUGAAUGCCCCAUACCAGCGUGAGCAGAGUCAGCUGGAGAAACUCCGGCGUGCGCUUAAACCAGAGGAAUUUGCGGCAGCUAUGGUCAACAUCACUGACAGGGAGCAAAGACUUGAACUGCUGGAGAAACAGUUCACUGAACUAGAGGCUCACUACAAGAAAAUACUGGAGAAAGUUGCUGCUACCGUCUAAUCAAAAGAAAUACCGGAGAAAGUUGCUUUUACCGUCUAAUCUUCAUACCUUACACAAUUAUUCUUCUUUAUUUCUUUCCUUCAGUACUGUCCUCCAUUACCUUCCAACUUACUUUCUCCAUUACUUCCCUUCAUU